ACAAGAUGUAUAAUUUGAAGACAAUCAAGACCAUGUCUACAAUUUGCUUCUCCACAUUGUGUCUACUUCUCGUGGACUGCAUCACUUCUGAGGAUCAUAUUGUCAUGACUAAACAUGGAAAAGUAAAAGGGGUGCAGAUAUCAGGGUUCUCUGGUACAGUAACAGCUUUUCUUGGAAUUCCAUAUGCAGAGCCCCCAAUUGGUAGUUUAAGAUUUAAAAAGCCUGAGCCUCCGAAGCCAUGGUCAGAUGUACUUCAUGCUUCAAAAUAUGGAAAUUCCUGCUUUCAAAUACCAGAUCAAACACACCCUGGUUUCUCUGGUUCUGAGAUGUGGAAUCCAAACACUGAAGUGAGUGAAGAUUGCCUGUACCUUAAUAUAUGGGUUCCAGAUCCACAGCCAAAAGGUGGAAGUGUUAUGGUUUGGAUAUAUGGUGGUGCCUUUGAAACUGGGACAUCUUCUCUUGAUCUGUAUGAUGGCAAGUUUUUGGCAGAGUCUGAACAGGUCAUUGUGGCAUCAAUGAACUACAGAUUAGGUGCACUGGGCUUUCUGUCAUUUCCGGGAAAUUCUGAAGCUCCGGGAAAUGUUGGCCUCUUUGACCAGAGAUUGGCUCUUCAAUGGGUUUAUGAGAAUAUUGCAGCAUUUGGUGGGAAUCCUCAAAGCAUAACCAUUUUUGGAGAAAGUGCUGGAGCAGCCUCAGUAAGUUAUCAUUUGCUUUCCCCAAAAAGCCAUACAUAUUUUACAAGAGCCAUUAUGCAAAGUGGGUCAGCUAAUGCGCCUUGGGGUGCUGUGAAUAAAACAGAAGCCAAGCACCGAGCUUUGAUAUUAGCCAAUCAGAUUGGUUGUUCUUACAAGACUGAUAACAAAAUCAUUGCCUGCCUUCGAACUAAGACACCAAUAGAGAUAUCCGAGAAAGCUUAUUCUGUUAUUCCAUCCAAUGAGAGAUCAAUAAUAGAAAUUACUUUCCCUCCUGCUGUCGAUGGAGAUUUUCUCACAGACAUGCCAGAAAAAUUGUUAAAACUUGGUCAACUUAAAAAGAACACAGAUAUUUUAAAUGGAGUUAAUAAAGAUGAGGGAUCAUAUUUCCUUGUAUAUGGGAUACCGGGAUUCAGUAAAGAUCAUGAGAGUUAUAUAAAUAGGACACAGUUUGAAGAAAGUGUCAGAUUAUCUUUCCCAAAAGCAACAGAACUUGCAAUAGAAUCCAUCCUGUUCCAUUAUACAAACUGGGAAGAUGAACAGAAUCCAGUUCUUUAUCGAGAUGCCAUGGAUGACAUUGUUGGAGAUUACAAUUUUAUAUGUCCUCUACUGGAAUUCACAAAGAGAAAUUCUGACCUUGGGAACAAUGUUUAUUUAUACUACUUUCAACACAGAUCUUCCCAGAUUGCAUGGCCCGAAUGGAUGGGAGUCAUGCAUGGCUACGAGAUUGAGUUUGUAUUUGGAAAGCCAUUGGACAAGAAACUUAAUUAUACCAAAAAAGAGGAAACGCUUAGCAGUACAGUUAUGAGACACUGGGCAAAUUUUGCAAAAACAGGGAACCCAAAUGGGAAGGAGCCUGUGCAAAACCAAUGGCCUGCUUUUACACUUGAUCAUCAACAUUACAUAAUGAUAGAUACAGAGGACUUAUUGACAAAACAAAAAAUGCGAAUCAAACAAUGUAAAUUCUGGAAUGAAUUCUACCCCAAAGUCUUGAAAAUCACAGAUCCUGUGCACUGCACUGCCAUUGGCAUCACUGUCACCAGAAGUUUGUCCUUGGUCACCAUGAUACAUUUGUUGAUAAUUAAUAUGCUGUGAAUUGUCCACUGGUCUACUUAAUGGCUGUUCUGCUCCAUGGACAGUCCUACCAAUGCUUCAUGAAGCCAUUAUAGAGACUGAUAAGGUCUGACAUGUUGUUGCACAUUUUGGUGUGGAAGCUCUACAAGACUUGACUGAUAUAAGAUUUGACUUUGAGUUCAUUGUCAUGCUAGAGGGAUAUUAAUAUCAAAAUGGUAGCACAAUACUUUGAUGGGGUAAACUAAAUACUUUGAAUAUUUCCAUCAUACUAACAUACUAUGUACAGGAAUAUAACUCUAUGUAAUUUUGUAGUUUAUUCUUCUUUUGUAACAUAUGGACAUACAGUAUCAAUAUUUUAUCUUCAUUCAAAUUGUAUAUAAAGAUGAUGUAACUGAUCAAAAAUUCAAAGACCCGUUUGCAAUAAUUUAUACAAUAAAAAAGUUAACAACUAUGCCAUUUCAUUCUAUGAAACAAGUAACUCUCUUGGCUCUAAUACUUGAUAUUACCCUCACUGGCAGAGACAGCAACUUCAGGUAGGCAUCUCUUAUCUCUACCAAUCUCUGGGUGAACACAUUUGUUCCUCCUCCAUGCAAAAUUAAUUUAGCUGUGUGAAGCUAGUAGAAUGACUUACAUGUAAAGCCUUUUUAAA